GCGCGCGUUUAUUUCUAGGGUGAAAGUGAAAUUUUGUCACCUACAGUGGCGCAAGUGUUUUCUGUUGAUCAAAUUGUACAUUUCUGCAUUCCAUUUUGGGGCUCUUAUGUGUGCGGCUGUGCUCGGAGAUUAGUCCUGUGCUCUCCACGCUGUAGGCCCUGGGUUCAUGUGCCAUCGAGGGUGAAAACGUGGUGCGUUUUUUUGAACGACGGUCGGAAAUUGAACUCAAGAUCCUCCUCAUCUUAUCCUGGGUUCGAGCCCUGGUAAGGAUGUAAUAUAUCGUGAACUUUUGCGUAACCAAUUAACGAUUUUUUUUUUUUUUAGAUUUUAUUUUCUCAUGAUGGUAACUAUGGAGUGUGCUGUCAGUGGGAUGUGACGCCGUAUAGUUCAGUAGAAUUUUACCGACGUUUCUGACGAACGUCAGUGAAUUUCAACCAGAAUACAUGUCACCACAUCCGUAAAGGCUCCCGGAUUUGAAUGUAAGCACGUGAAGGAACGCUGAAGGCUUCCUACAUUUUGUCUCCGCUGUGUUUUCAUUCCUUGAUGAAACGAGAGUAGAGAUACUACAGUGUCAGCGAAUAACAGGCCAGUGUUGUGACGUGAGAAUGGAUUGCAACAGUUUGAGUGGCAGUAACUCCAAUAUCAACGCCCAGGUGUGGCCCCAGGUGGGGUACUUCGUGCCCUUGCACGUGUGUCAGGGCCUCUACUGUUUCUCUCCGGACAAGGAACCGGGAUUCGGCGGAAAUGCAGCAGGGACGCUGACGCCGUCGUCCCGACGCUCGUCUCUGGUGUCUGGACAGCUAAUGUACUACCCCACAAACUCUGCAGUGCUCGAGGAGCCGGUGGAAGAGAAGGGAGGGGAACGUAUCGUCUGGGAGUACCACCACGUGACCCUGACGCGAGUUCCUGGGUACGGGUUCGGGAUUGCCGUCAGUGGCGGCAGAGACAACCCGCACUUCACCAGUGGCGAUCCUGCGAUUGCCAUAUCGGACGUGCUGAAGGCGGGGCCGGCGGAGGGCAAGCUCCAAGUGAAUGAUCGGAUAAUCAGUGCCAAUGGAGUGUCACUUGAGAACGUGGAGUACGCAACAGCUGUGCAGGUGUUGCGAGACAGUGGCAACACCGUGUUGCUUGUGGUGCGGCGGAGAGUCGUGUUACCAGCGUGCCCUGAACCCCAGACCCUCAAAUUGAGUCUUACAAAGAGCAAGAAGAAAGACGACUUUGGUUUGGUGCUGGGCUGCAAGAUCUAUGUGCGGGAGGUGGCAACAAACAGAGCCACUCUGGAUGGGGUUGGAGGCAAGGACAGUGGAGGGACGCUGCAGGAGGGGGACAUUCUGCUCAAGAUCAACAACCACACUACAGAGGGACUCAGCCUCAAAGAGGCCCGUAAACUCAUCGAGGCUAGCAAGGAGAAGUUGAACCUGGUGAUAAGAAGAGAACACAAACCUGGCAACAAUGUGGAGUCAACAGCUCUGCCCAAAGAUUCACAUGGGAACUACCUGGAUGGUUUGAGCGGGCCCAAUUACUCAUCCCAGAACCUGUACGUGCAACCGCCGACACGGAGUGGCCAUCCAACACACCAGCACAAUCUGGUGGAGGAUAAGAGUAACCUAGUCCCACGGGGCCGGUCACGAGGCCCACUCCUUGAAGUGUCUCUCAGUCAGUUGGACCGCCCAGCCACGCCCGUUGGCCUUCCUCAUCACCAUGCUCACUCACACUCACACUCACGUUCACGUAGUGGACUGGAUGAUGCAGCUCCUUCCUUGGGUCCACCAGACCCUCUGGGAAGCCCGCCGAGGCCUCCGCCCCCUCGGCCAGAAGACUAUUACAGCAGCAGUGGCAGCAGAAGGCAGCUGUAUGAGGAGGACCCUUUGCUCCAGCGCUCCAAGCAACCCAUGCCAGAUCCUCGUUUCAUCACAUUCCAGAAAGAAGGCUCCGUGGGCAUCCGACUUACUGGCGGUAAUGAAGUUGGUAUAUUCGUUACUGCAGUCCAGCCUGGAAGUCCAGCGUCUCUGCAAGGACUGCAGCCAGGAGACAAAAUACUGAAGGUGAAUGACAUGGACAUGAAGGGAGUGACAAGGGAGGAGGCUGUGCUGUUCCUGCUCAGUCUGCAGGACCAGAUUGAUCUCAUUGUGCAGUAUCGGAAGGAUGAGUAUGAGCAGAUAGUGGCGAGUCAACGAGGGGACUCAUUUCACAUCAAAGCUCACUUUAACUAUGACCAGCCAAAUAAGGGUGAGAUGAGUUUCCGAAAAGGUGAUGUGUUCCAUGUGGUGGACACACUUCACAACGGUGUGGUAGGUUCCUGGCAAGUGUUCCGUAUUGGGAGAAAUAACCAUGAGGUUCAGAAGGGCAUCAUCCCAAACAAGUCACGUGCUGAGGAACUGGCGACAGCACAGUUCAAUGCCACCAAGAAAGAGCUGACAGCCUCUGAGAGCCGGGGCAGCUUCUUUAGAAGAAGACGUGGCAGUCAUAGGCGAUCCAAGUCGCUCAGCAGGGACCACUGGGAUGAUGUGGUAUUUGCUGACAGCAUCAGCAAGUUUCCAGCAUAUGAACGGGUUGUUCUCAGGCACCCUGGCUUUGUGCGACCUGUGGUACUGUUUGGCCCAGUGUCGGAUAUUGCCCGUGAGAAAAUGCUCAAAGAUUUCCCAGACAAGUUUACCUCUCCACAGUUGGACAACAACUUGGAGGAUGUUCCAAAAAGUCAGAAGUCAUCUGGUAUCAUCCGUCUGAGUGCAAUCCGUGAUAUCAUGGACCGGGGGAAGCACGCCUUGUUGGAUAUCACACCAAAUGCUGUGGACAGGCUAAACUAUGCCCAGUUCUACCCCAUAGUCAUUUUCCUGCGUGCAGAAUCUAAACAUGUUAUUAAAGAGCUGAGGGCAGGUCUGUCCAAGGCGGCACACAAGAGCAGCAAGAAACUGUUUGAACAGUGCCAGAAGCUGGAGAAGGUUUGGGGCCAUACGUUCAGCUGCAGUAUCACGCUCACAAGCCCUGAAUCCUGGUACAGAAAAGUGCGGGAACUCAUAGACAAACAGCAAAGUGCUCCAGUCUGGAUGAGUGAGAACAAGCCGGAUGAAGCCCUGUCUGAUGACUUCCUCUUCCCCAUGACCUCUCGCCUUUCCUACGCUUCGUCUCCUGAGUCGGACCUGGACCUCUCCCCAGAGCCCCGCUGUGCUGUCCCUCCUGGGUCUACAGCCCCUCCACCGGGGCCAGGGCCAGGGCCCCCUCGCCUUGUGAAGAGCUCGUCUGACCCCAGCAUUGCCACUCAAGAGGACGGGGGGGUGCCUAGUUAUAGUGCACCUCCCCCAUACUCUCCGAGCAACCACUACAGACAGAAUUAUGAGAGCCACAAUGGGUCAGCUGGUGGACUGGGUCCGUCGGAUCACCUGAGCCAUCACCAUCACCAUGGGGGCCACAGCCACAACCUGCCACUCUCACUAAGCAACAAACGCAGGUCACAGGGUGGUGAUAGUAAAUAUGGCUUCUCACCUCCGCCUCAUCACGGCGAAUCCCCUGUGACAUCAUCAACCAUACACCUGAACUACCCUCCACCACACUCACAUCAACAUCAGGGACUGGGACCCCCUGUAACUCGGUCUCCCCCAGGCCAGAGUCCACCAGAGCUGCCCCCAAGAAUUGAUCGUUCUAACAAACCAUCUCGGGGAGGCAGUGGCACGCUUAGUAGGUCGGCUGCUGAACGGCUCUUUGGGAAGGGUGAUGGUGGAUCGGGGGAUGCUGGUGAUUCCAGCCUCGACCCUCCAAACUACAUCAAUGCCACACCUCAUCAUAGGCCUACUGGACAGACAAAUUCAUCUCUGGAGCGUCACAACAUGAAAACGAGUAGCUAUGAUAGUGUAUCAUCUUACGAUUCUUACAACAAUCGCCUUGGCCCUAAUGCUCAUGAUGACCUCAAGUGUGGAACCAGUAAUGGAACUGGUGUCUCUCCUCGGAACCAUGAUCCAUACCGAUUUACACGCUCUACUGCUCAGCCAAUCAGCAAUAAGAAUGAGAAACCCAGCAAACCACCGGACUAUAAUAAACACAGACCCGGCGAUUACAAACCCAUGCCACCUCCCAAGACCGGUGCUCCUUAUAAGCCUGUACCCCCACCAAAACCUAAAAACUAUCGGCCACCUCUUGCCUCUGAAGGGGGUGGUGGAGGAGGAGGCAGCUGGGGCUUUGGGGUUGGGCCCCCAACCCAGCCCUGUGGAGAUGCUGACUCUACUGUGGCAGCCAUGCUGAAACAGCAGACGACGGGCCUGCCCACAUAUCAGCAUGCCAAGUCAUACUCUGUGGCAGGGGGGCUAGAUGCUGCAGGGUACAUGCCCCAACACAAUGGUGGGGAGGACACCAGUGGAGGGUUUGACUCGGGUCAUGGCAGCAGCCUGGAUCGCAGCUACAACCCGGGAGCAGCACUGCAUCGUGGACAAUACUACUACAACAUUCCAGCUCCUAACCGGAGUGGUGAUUAUCACCGUGGCAGUGGCAGCGGGAGCAGCCAUCACCAUAAUCGAGAACCAAGUGGGCUCUUAGAUCUCGCCAACAGGGAGCAGAGGGGCUCUGCUUUUGAACUGUACAAGAAGCCAAGCAAUGCCUUGCACCACUAUUUGGAGAAUAACCUCAGGGGUGGAGGAGAAGUUGGUGAGGGGGGUGACUGUGAGGAGGUGGUGGCCACGGCCAGGGGGGUGUUUACCCACGAGGGGGGUACACUGAGCAGUCCAGACACAGGCGUGGCUAUAAUUAUUCCGCCAGGAGCCCUUCCAAUUGGGUCCCAGCAGGAGAUCUACUUCAAAGUGUGUCGUGACACUUCUAUGUUGCCCCCACUUGACCAAGAGAAAGGUGAGACGUUGCUUAGCCCACUGGUACUGUGCGGGCCCCACGGGCUGAAGUUCCGUUGUCCUGUUGAACUUCAGCUGCCGCACUGGGCAACGUGUGAACCUCCAGACCAGACAUCAGACUCGAACCAUCGUCCCAGAAGUUUUGCGCUCAAGUCUGGGGAGACUACUGAUGGACAGUUGGGGCGGCCUUCCAGUUGGCAGAGUGUGGCGAUAGAUUCUGGAGGUCCUGCCACAUCCAUAGGCUCAAACAGUGUGUCAGUGUUAGUGGACCACUUCUAGUGACUUCAGUUUAUUUAUGGCAGUUGUGUAUGAUGGUACAGGUGACAUCUCUGUCAAUAUUGUGACGUUACUUGUUACCGCCUCUGCUGUGUGUUGCAGUGGUGUGACUGUUGUAUUCACAGUGCAUAUGCAGUGUUUAGGGUUCACUGAGCAACCCUCUACAAGAAAUAAGUUGAAUUCUACUUCCCUGAGCCAGUAAGGGCAGUAGUACAUACUAGUCUAAACACAAUUUACAGCAGGUCAAGUCAUAUCUACCCAGCAAAUUAGAGAUAUUCAGUGUUAUGUUCUACCUUGUUUUUUUUUUCUGAUUUAGAUGGAACAGUCUUCUUAAAGAGUCUUCUGGGAUGUGAUGCUGUAGUUUGGUAGAUAGGUUUCCCUGAAAUGUUGGUUCCUAUUCUUCAAUGAAGAGAAGAUGAGGCAAGUGGUGGAUGGAGUUGAUUUACCUUCAUAUUUCUACUGUUCAUUCAAGACUCAGUGGGCUUUGAUGUAUAAACAACAGGGAUAAGAGUGGUCUGAAAAUCAUGCUUGUGCAUUCAGCUUGCAUAGUCCAAAUGGGCAGGCCUUGGCAGUUGUCUUACCUUCUCUUUGUUGGAGAAUAGUUGCUACCAAACUACUUAAUUUUAAUAUCUGCUAUAAUUGUAACAUUCACUGCCAUGAUAACCUCACAUAUCAAUAUUCCUCUUCUGCCCACCACAGAUGAAGUUCUGGCCACUUUGAAUUUAGAUCCUUCUUUAGAAUGUUCUCUCCUUAAGGUUAAUGCUGAUGGUCAGGUUUUGGGAAUAUCUUAUUGCCUGUUCUGGUGGGUUAAUCUUUUUUUCUCUCUCUGUAUUCAUGUAUUCUUUAAUCCACCAAAAAAAAAAUUUAAUGUUUUUCAUAUAAGUUGAGCUUUAAUUUUAUCUAAUACAUUGCAUCUUUUGAUGUUUAAAAUUUCAUAUUUGCUGCUUGAAUUACAUGAACGUUUUUCUUCCUGUUAUCUCAUGUUUGGCUUCCAUAUGAAGAUGUAGCAACAGCCUUUACUCAUAAAGUUUGAGAGUUGUUUCCUUCCUCAUUUGGCAAUUUAAUGUUAUUUGUUUUCUCACAUAUUCCUUCAUAUCACGCGUCUUAUUGUUUGUAUCCCAACCAAUAAUGUUCAGAGACUACAUCAAGGUGUGGUUUUGCUGGACAGCAGAAUCUCUCAUAGUGUACUGUUGCAUGGAAUCAUCAGUCCCUUAAAUCAAGUAUUUCUUUGCAUCACAACUCAUACUUGUAUUCAGUCAGCAGUCAUUUGUAAUCUUGGAACCCAGCCAGCAGCAGGCAUACACAGAGAGACAGAACUCUGUCCCGCUUGAAUUUUAAAGCAUUUUGAAGCUUAGUCUCUUAUACAAGGCACUUAUAAUAAGUAGGAAAAUAAGAACUUUACUUAGAGGGUCAUACUGAUACAGUAGGCCAGAAGUGGCUGCAGUACAAGGGACUUAGUCCCACCCCACUAGCAAUAAAAAAAGAAAUAGAGGGUCAUACUGAAAUUUGUGGCUACUUCCAUCUUGAUGAUAUUGAAUAUGUAAUCAUGUACCUUCUGGUACGAACCAGGGUCAGAAACGAGCUCAGGAGAGAAGCUUCAUAUCAGCGGAAAUUUAUUUCAUGAGAAGGAUUUUGAACCACGAAAGAAAUGAAAUUAUUGUAGAACUACAUAUUUCACAAAUACCAGAAUUUGUGGAAUGAUGCAGAUGAUGUUUGAUAGGACAUAUUGAUAAGAUUUCAAAGAAUGAUCCAGAAUAUCAAUGAACUGAAAAAGAAAUUUGGGAAGACCUUUGAAAUGAUGAAAA